AUGACCCCUACCAUGAAGAGCCCUAUGAGGAGCUACAGUUUAGAGAGUUCAUCAGCUCGGAGAGACACCCUCUGGAUGGUCGAGGGGGGCGAGGAGCACCAGCCCCAUGACAUGGUACAGUGUGAGCUGUGUAACACCCUGACUCUGCAGUUCAACAACCACAUGAAGAGGCAUCACCCGGGCUGUGGCCAGAGCGCUGGGCGGCGAGGGUACCGCUCUACUGGGGCAUACGUGGACGGGUGGUUCGGAGGGGAGUGUGGGUCCGGUAGCCCUUACUACCUGCUCUGUAGCACCUGUAGAGAGAAGUACCUGGCAGCUAACCUGGGGGAGAUUGGAUCCAAACAUGACCGAAUGAAAGGGCUUGCUUCUGAUUUAAUUGGACGACUGGACAGCACCUCCGAUGAAGACUGGGAGCUGGGCCCUCUAGACGACUCUGACCCAGACCGGCUGACUGGGCUGGAGGACUUUGGGGUGUUGCUGAGACCUCUGGGCCUGAGUGAGAAGAAGCUGGUGCCAGACCCCAUCCCCUUCACAGAAAACGACCCGCUGGGAGCGCUGGUCAACAGCACCAGUAACCCUGACGGAUCAAUGAUCCAGAAAGGUGUGGUCAGCACUGACACUAAGGGGUUAGGUUCCUCCGGCCCUCUGACUCUGGGGGAGCAGGCUGCAUCGCUGAGAGACCCUCAGGACAGACUGCAGGCUCUUAGGAGAGUCACCUCUACAGCCCAGAUACUACUGGCAUACAGCAUGGUGAUGAGAGCACUCUCCCAAACAUCCUCUAG